AUGUCCACGUCCUUGUCGGAUUGCUUCACAAUCGGCAGUGUCGUGGCCACGAAGACUUGCUACAAUGAGGAAAUUGAGGGCGAAGUAUUAGCUUUUGAUCCGCAAACGAAAAUGUUGAUAUUGAAAUGUCCGUCUUCUAGCGGCAAUCCGAAGCGGCAUGAUGUCAACAUCGUGAACCUGUCGUUGGUCAGCGACGUGCAGAUAAAGAAGGAAGUCACCACGGUCCCUGACCCUCCACAAUCAUUGAAUCUGAAUAGGUUGAAUACUAGAGUGCGAAAUUCUAUAGAAAACAAAAAGAGAUUAGUCACAGCAUUGGCAGCAUGCUUAGAUCCAGAGGGCCAGCGGCUAUUCCUGGCCAUAGCUCGAUUAAUUGAUGAUGUCACAUGGGUCGGACAAAACAUCAGAGUGUAUAAUGAAGUCACUAUCACACCACCAUACAAGGUGGAAAACGUACUAGGCGAUCAAGAUUCCAAACCGUAUAACUACAUUAGGAAAUUCGUAGAGAAACAUUGGCGCGAGCACAGAGACCAUGCAGCUGCCAACUCUAGCCAACAUCAAUAA